CUUUGGCUGUUUAUCUGGCCAAAACUGGGGAGUUUGUGUUUGUUUUGGGGUUGGGAAGUCAAUGCCUCCCUAUUCUUAGUCUGUCGAUCGUGGAGCCAUGGAAAGGAAGUCCUGACUGCCUCUGCACUGAACCCCGCCUCCCAUGGCUGCUGCCUGCUGCACCAAGGCUGGGGCCCUCUUCAAGCUCACACUGGGGCUGACUCCUGCAGCAGCACCCAGGGCUUCUGGGAUAGGGGUCGGGAACUCCCAGCGCUGUUAUGUCUUUGCCUUCUUCCCCUGGACUACUAGUAGGGAUUGGUGCAGAGGGGAAGGAGUAUGUUAUUGGCCCCCUACUAUCUCUCGCUUACCCCAGCCCCGUGCCUCUUCAACUUCUACUUCCACCUCCACCUCCACCUGUCUUCUCUGUCCACAGGACACUCUCAGCGAUGGCCUGAAAACUUGUUACAAGUAUUUGAACCAGACGAGCCGCAGCUUUGCAGCAGUUAUCCAGGCACUUGAUAGCGAGCUGCGCAAUGCUGUGUGCAUAUUUUACCUGGUUCUUCGAGCUCUGGACACUGUGGAAGAUGACAUGACAAUCAGUAUGGAAAAAAAGGUCCCAUUGUUGCAAAAUUUUCAUUCUUACCUGUACCAGCCAGAUUGGAGGUAUAUGGAAAGCAAUCAAAAGGAUCGGCAAGUCUUAGAGGACUUUUCAACGGUCUCCUUAGAGUUUCGAAAUCUGGCGGACAGCUAUCAAGUGGUGAUUAAUGACAUUUGUCAAAAAAUGGGGCAUGGAAUGGCAGAGUUUUUGGAAAAGAAAGUGAACUCCGUGCAGGAAUGGGAUAAGUACUGUCACUAUGUUGCUGGACUAGUAGGGAUUGGCCUUUCUCGUCUGUUCUCGGCUUCAGAGUUGGAAGACUCCAUUGUUGGACAGGACUUGAAGCUUGCCAAUUCUAUGGGUCUGUUCCUACAGAAGACAAACAUUAUUAGAGAUUAUUUGGAAGACUUGAUGGAGGGGAGAGAGUUUUGGCCCCAAGAGGUUUGGAGUAGGUAUGCCAAGAAGUUGUCUGAUUUAGCUAAACCAGAGAAUAUUGACUUGGCUGUCCAUUGUCUAAAUGAACUGGUUACUAAUGCUUUACAGCACAUCCCCGAUGUCCUCACCUAUCUUUCCCGACUGAGAAAUCAAAGUGUGUUCAACUUUUGUGCUAUUCCACAGGUGAUGGCUAUUGCUACUCUGGCUGCCUGUUAUAACAACCAGCAGGUGUUCAAGGGGAGGGUUAAGAUUCGGAAGGGGCAAGCAGUAACAUUGAUGAUGGAAGCGACCAACAUGCCAGCUGUCAAAGCUAUUAUGUACCAGUAUAUGGAAGAGAUUUAUCAAAGAAUUCCAAGCUCAGACCCAUCUUCCAGCGAGACAAAGCAGAUUAUCUCCUCUGUUCGGAAACAGAAUCUUCCCAGUUGUCAACUAAUCUCUCGGAACCACUACUCCCCUAUUUACCUGUCGUGUGCCAUGCUUUUGGUUGCACUAAGCUGGCAAUAUCUCAGCACCAUGUCCCAGGCCACAGAAGAAUAUGUUCAAACUGGAGAACACUGAUUUAGAAGUCAGCUAAAGUUCAAUAUUCAAUGGAAUAUUUUUAAAGGAGUUUUUUUCCUUUUAUCCUUUUAAAACUCUACGAUGGCAGAAACUGAAAUGCUGUUGACAAGAAUGUAAUAAAAGUGGAUGACCUGAUCUGUUAUUCUACUUAGCUGGCAGAAUUUCUACAACUUUGUUCAAUUAUAUGUGAGAUUGCCAGAGAUUUGUUUUCAUAGGAAUCCUCCAUUAUAGGAUUAUAAUGAAAUAUAUUUAACUGGACACCCAGUCUAGUAAAAGAUUUGUGUGUGUGUGUGUGUGUGUGUGUGUACGUAUGUGUGCGUUUGUGUUUUUCUGUUUUCUGAAUGUAUAGAUCUUUUUCCUCAUUACUCCUUUUUUUUUCUUUUAAUGAUUUGAACAUAGAAUGAAUGUCAUUAAUGUUUAUUAAGAAUAAGUAAUCAUCAUCGCAUGAGGGUCAGAGGCUAAUGAUUUUCUUUUUUUGAAGGGAGUUUUGUUUCAAAAGAAAAAUAAUGGCUAAUUCCUGUAUAGUACCUGAUCCCAUUCUAGGAGGUGAAGAUCAUCUGCUUGCCUCUAAUAAAGGCUAAAAUUUGUAAAAGUUUCUAUAAUAAAUAUUUUUAAUACCCUA